AAAGUUUAGGGUUUCGUGGAUUCAGUGGGCUUUAUCGAUUUAUAUUUGACUCAUCAUGUCGUCGGAGCCUCAAAUUCCGUCGGAGGAGUCUGGAGAGAAGAUCAGCAAGAAAGCGGCGAAGAAGGAAGCCGCCAAGCUAGAGAAGUUACGCCGCCGGCAGGAGCUAGAAGAAGCCACUCAGAAGACAGCUUCCAUGUCUCUCGAAGAAAAUGACGAGUUUUCCAGCAACUACGGUGACGUGACUCUUAGCGAGUUACAAUCUACGGCGGAUCCGAAAGCCGGGAAAUGGAGAGAGGCUAUUGAAGGUAAGGAGUGUAUCGAUGUGAGCGAUUUGGUUGAAGAGAUGGCGGAAUCAGAGGUUCUCAUCAGAGGCCGUGUGCACACGAAUCGUCCUGUGUCUAGCAAAUUGGGGUUUGUGACCUUGAGGGCAAGUGGAUCAACUGUUCAGUGUGUGGUUAGCCAAUCCGAGAAGACCAAAGUGGGCGCCAACAUGGUUAAAUACCUUAAGCAGCUGAGUCGCGAAUCCUUUGUCGAUGUCAUCGGUGUCGUUGUUCUCCCCAAGGAGCCUUUGACGGGAACUACGCAGCAGGUUGAAAUUCAAGUGAGAAAAGUGUACUGCAUCAACAAAGCCUUGGCAAAACUACCACUUAGUGUGGAGGAUGCUGCCCGAAGUGAAGUCGAUAUUGAAAGAUCUCUUCAGACUGGAACGCCAGCUGCUCGUGUCAAUCAGGAUACUCGUUUGAAUAAUAGGGUGCUUGACAUCAGAACACCCGCUAAUCAAGCCAUCUUCCGCAUUCAGUGCCAAAUCGAAAAUUUUUUCAGAGAAAAAUUGCUAUCCAAGUCUUUUGUUGGAAUCCACACACCGAAACUGAUGGCUGGUAGUAGUGAAGGAGGUUCUGCUGUGUUUAGGUUGGAAUACAAAGGGCAACCUGCUUGUCUAGCUCAGUCUCCUCAGCUUCACAAGCAAAUGGCAAUAUGUGGUGACUUGCGACGCGUCUUUGAGAUAGGUCCUGUUUUCAGAGCAGAGGACUCGUUCACUCAUAGACAUCUGUGUGAAUUUGUGGGUCUCGAUGUGGAGAUGGAGAUUCAAAAACACUAUUCCGAGAUAAUGGAUCUUGUGGACGAGUUAUUUGUGUUUAUAUUCACUAGUUUGAAUGAGAAGUGCAAAAAAGAACUGGAAGCUGUUGGAAAGCAAUACCCAUUCGAGCCUUUGAAGUUUCUUGAAAAAACAUUGAGGUUAACGUUUGAAGAAGGGAUUCAAAUGCUUAAGGAAGAUGGAGUGGAGGUUGAUCCUCUUGGCGAUCUAAACACUGAAACUGAGAGAAAACUUGGCCAACUUGUAUUGGAGAAGUACAACACUGAGUUCUAUAUUCUGCAUCGGUAUCCUAAGGCAGUUAGGCCUUUUUACACAAUGGCUUGUGCUGAUAAUCCUCUAUACAGCAACUCUUUUGAUGUCUUCAUCAGAGGUGAGGAGAUCAUAUCAGGAGCUCAACGUGUCCAUAUCCCAGAAGUCUUGGAGGAACGAGCAGGGGAAUGCGGCAUUGAUGUGAAGACAAUAUCCACAUACAUCGAUUCAUUCAGGUACGGUGCACCUCCACACGGUGGAUUCGGAGUAGGGCUGGAGCGAGUUGUCAUGCUUUUCUGUGCACUGAACAACAUCCGGAAAACAUCGCUCUUCCCUCGUGACCCUCAAAGGCUUGCACCCUAGUAUCUUUUCAACUUCAAGCUGAAUAAUUGUCAGACUCCACAAAUUUUUCUCAUGAAGCUUUUUGGGAGUUUAACAUUUACUUUUGUCUAUUCUUGCCCUUUUUGUACAAGUGAAUCUUGAUUUUGACUGGGUGAUGCUUAUGUUACUUUUACGUUAUCAAGUAACUAAGACUUCUCAGAUAUUUGAGUUUCAUCUAGAUUUA